ACCCCACUACUUCUCCAGGCCAUCUCUGGGAAUGGCAUUGCUCAUUAACACUCGCCUUUCGAUGGCUAGUUGAGCAUAUCUUUGUACAGCAAAUCGUGAGUGCAGUCACCCUCAGACAACGUCUACCUAGAAACCUGCGGAGUUUCGUCACUACACCGUUCUUUCGCGUAUUUCCUCUACUAUCAUGGAUCGGAGCUCUCCAUCAGUGGUGGAUUUGGCACCCAGUUCAUCGCAUCAGCCACCUGCAGAAGGCUCUUCUUCACGUCACUUUCCCCCCAUCAUCAAUUCAUCUCGAGACACAAGCCAAUCAUCAUCACGGUCGACUGAAGCACCACCACGUGGUGCAAAGCGCCGACGGUUAGACGUCUCAGAUCCCUCUACAAGAGCGUCGUCGUCGUCAGCUGCUGCUCCUAUGUUUGUAGGAGACGAUAGCAAUAUAGAAUCUGUCGAUUUGACGGAAGUGGAGGACGAUAACGCUCUGUCUAAGGCUUUAGCCAAGCAGCGCGAAGAUGCAAUCAGAGCUCAGGGUCCUGCAAGGGAUGGGGAGGGGCGGUCCGUUCUGACGGCCUACAAAUGCCCUGUAUGUAUGGACACCCCUGUGGAUGCGACCAGUACGAUCUGUGGCCAUCUUUUCUGUCACAAAUGUAUCAUUGAUACCCUCAAAUUCAGCGAAGAGCAGCGAUCGGACUCAUCUGGUAAAGGGCCACGCGGAAACUGUCCAGUGUGUCGAAAACCACUUACACGCAAUGAUGUGCCGGGGCCAAGGAGAAAUCUGGUGCCACUGACACUCAAGCUAAUGACCAAAAAAAGAGACAACCAUCAGCCACGAGAACCGCAGACUACAGAAAGCAUUUAGCUAUCCAUCCUUCGAGGGGGUUCGUUAUGUACUUAUGGGAAUAUGCGGAGCGGGCGUUCAUGGAUUACAACUUCACAGCGGGCAUAGUCAUGGAUUAGAUACCAAGUUUCUCAAAUAAAAUUAUGGAUAA